AUGGACCACCUCCGUGAUUCUCUGCUGAGCUCUUUGCCUCGGGACAUACAGUCUACCGGAACGAUCGAUCAUGCUCGCAGAGAUCAGGAAGACACACGCCAGUCUAUCGCUCGGGGUGACAUUAAAGAGGUCCGAGAAAUCGCUUUCAGUAACAGGACCUGGGUCGUUACCAGCCGAUACUGCGAUAUUGGAGACGGUGCUGACUCCCUUGAACGCCACAUACACUCCCUGUGGUAUAUGUACUACGAGCUUGGCCGGAACAUAUCUUCUGAAUCACCUGAGCAUGAGGGAAUAGUCCUCGAUAUCCUCCGCAUUCAAGGAAUGGGACCGUUGACUAGACCCGCACGGGGAGUUUAUGGGAUUGAUAUCGCAAGAACCGUGGACGGUACACUGUGGAACGAUCUCCCCUUUUUGGUUGGUGAUAUGACCAAUUUUUGGAUCGAUCAUAGCGCUUCUAUGUCGGGAAAACACCGUCUGAACUUUGCAACGUUCCUAGCCAAACUUGCAUCCGUCCGUAUCGCUAAGGAUAGGCUGUGCCAAAUUGCUCUUCUGAUCUUCCGUGCUCUCUUCGAAAACCCUCAAGUACUUCGCUCUGGGGAAGAAUCAGACGAGGAAGACCCCAACCGAGGUACUAAGCAGCUUGAGGUCUUUCAUCUGUUACCCGCUGGUGUUGCUUGGCUGAAAAUAGCAAGCCAUAACCUCCUCUUGCUAUCAGAAGUGUAUUGGAAUGACUGCCCUAGCCAUAUAAGCAAGAGUGGUGAAGAGUUCCUCAAAUCGGAGCUCGGACAGCGAUCACCUGCUGGAUUCUCGCCUUGGCGAUAUAUGUUCUGGCUGAAGCGACUUCAUGAGCUUCAGGACCAAGCGAAGGAAGCCAAUGAGAAGGUUUUGGAGGAGCUUGCCGCUGAUGGCAUUCAGUACAUGAUCAAUACAAUCAAGCAGAGAAAUUCGGAAAUCCUCAGGGCUUACAAGAAUGGGAGCGAUGCGUUGCACCGGAACAAGUAUCUGUCGUGCCUCAAACGCCUUGCACGCGUUGAGGAGCGAGAGUCAUAA